UCAACAACACGGUAUAAAUGUCGCUACUCACGCUGCAAUACAAGCAUUUACACUUCGAGCACUAGUAACGCAAGAUUUCAACAUGAAGGUAACAGUGGUGUUCAUGAUUUUGGCUAUCGUGGUGUGCGCUAUGGUCCAGGAAUCCGAACAAAUAUUUUGGCCUUUGAGUGGCUCGGAACCUGACAACGUUGGGCCAGAAUCGGCCGACUCAGGACUGUCGCUACCUGGCUUUGAUGGGCCGCUGUGGGCUGGACAUGGACGCGGGCCACCAUGGGCUGAGCUUAGACAUCAUAGACGGCCUCACCACCCGUCUGAGUUACCACCCUUCCUACCUUUGCCAAAGAACUGCAAAUUAAUCUGUGAUGGUGAGUCGCACACAACGACAGCACCAGAACCAGAAGCAACGACACAAGAAUUAGGAACAACAGAGUCAUACAUAACACCGACAGCCACAGGAACACCAGAAACAUUCCAGACAACAGCCGCAACAGGAAAAUAACAUGAGAUUUCAUUGGAUCCAACUUUAUUUGAAAUGGAAGAACAACAAUGAAAAUUAUUUGAAAAUUUGCAGAUGGAAUCGAUGACACAAUGUUAAAAUUUUUUUUUUAAUGAUAUAGCUGUAGUUGCACAAUUGUAGAAUAGUAUAUUUGAAUAACAAUAAAGAUAUAUCAAACGCUUAAA